GGAGCCGUGCAAGCAGUAGCUGGAAGUCGCAAAAAUUAGCCAUGCAAGCAAAAGUGAUCGUGCCCAUUUUUGUGGCAUUUGUCAUGGCUAUGGCAGACAACUCAGCGGCCAAAGUUGAGGAAUUCGUGGUUUGCCCUGUCGUGGAUGACAAGGGAGUCAACGCCACCCUGCUGCCGAACCUGUACAACUGCUCCACGUUCUACCUGUGUUCUCAGGGUGUCCCAGAGCUGAUCGAGUAUCCUCAUGCCCUGCACUUCAACCACAAGCUGAGUGUGUGUGACUUCCCAUGGCGGGCGGCCUGCAUCGAGCUCCUUCCCCUGGAACACGAACUGCCGCCAAACAUGGAGCACCCCGUGGCAAGCGAGAAAAUCGUCAUCACGAAAACAACCAAGGAUCGAAGUCCACAGGGGAAAAGGAAAGGGGACAAAAAAGAGUGA